AUGAACAGCAAUAAUUUCGUAGUACUCCCAGGCUCAAAAACUGGAACCUCAGUGAGAUUAAAAGCAAAAACUGUCAGAGAAUUGCAGUUGGAGAAAGUGCGGUUAGAAACAGAAAACAAAGAGAUGGAGAAGAAAUUAUGGCAACUGCAGUCAAACAUGAGCAGAGAAAAAGAAGAAAGAAAGAAAUCUAGUGGAUAUCAUUGGAAAUCUGGACGGGCAGGACCGAUGACCAUCCAAGCUCGAGUUUUGUCACAAAGCAAACAAAACAAUAAUAAGGUUUCUUCAGGAAAAGUGAAGUUGCAGAUACUCAAAGAACAAAUCCAAGAGCCAGUGAAAGAACCAUUUAAGCAAGGAAUGGCAAAUGCUGUGUCUCAUGUGAAACCUGAAGCAAAGAGGGUAGCACGUGGACCAUGUGAAAUUAAGAGUGCGCUGCUGACAGAAGCCAAUAGACAUGUUGGAAAAUUGGAAGUCAUUGAUCACUUCAACAAGGAAGUAAAUCUGAAUGAAUCAAAAAUGAAUCAUAAGCAGAAGAAAGUAAAUAGCAAGCAUCAAGUCACAUCAGACAAGUUUUCAUCUCUCCUGGCAUCGGUAGGCAGUGCUGAGGAACUGUCCUCAGAACCAACCUGUACAAGCCUUGAAAAUCGGGACAAAGGUUUGUUACUAAAUGGUGUAUUUAAUGAGGAGAAAUCUGCAAAGUCUUUUCAGGAAGCUUUGAUUCAGUGGAGAAGAGGUAAUUGUGGUCACAGAGAAGAACUGCAUGUCAGUGAGGUACUGUCAGAAUCUGUGGGAAAUCAUGAGGUACAGACCAGUCUUACUGUUACGAAGGAACCUAUCCAAAUUGAAUUCGGGAAGGAUGGCCUGACCUACGUGGAGAAACUCUUGCUUAAGAAAUUCAGAAGAACUCCUGUUGACAGAAUUUCUGGUAGUUGCAUUCAAGAUUUAAGGCCUGUGCAAACCAGGAGUGCACAUCAGGCUGUGACUGGAGAAGGAGAUGAUGAUGAUGAUGAUGAUGAUGUUGAUGACGACGACCUAACAGUUGAAGAUGUGAGGAGAUAUUGGACAUCUGUGUUUAGAGAGACAGUACCCAACAUUAGUUCUGAGAGUGCAGAGUCCUCUUUGAAAAUUGAGUUCCUUGAUGAUUCUUAUGGCAAGGACUCGGAAGAAUCAUCUGACUUUUUCGGGAUGGAAGCUGGGGCUAUGAGAAUGAAUAAGCACAGAAAAAGUGAACCACUGAAGCAGUAUGAAAGGCAUAUGACACGUUUACCAUUAAAGUUAGCGAACACAGUUGCAGAUCAGAACAACACAGUACCAGACAUUUUGCCUAGAAAAACUGUAGGCAUAAUGAGAAAGUCAUCUUGUCAUUUAACAUCCAUAGCUGACACUCAAUAUUUUUUACCUCUUCCUUUUGACAGAAGUUCUGUUUCUUAUAAAGAAGUUUCUCAAGAAAAAAUGCUUUCCUGCAGUCUUGAAAGAAAUGCGGUGCAAAAGGAGUGUAUGAAAGUAAAGGCUAUGGGAAGAUCAUUUAGCUCCUGUAAACUACCUGUGAAGAAUUCUAACCCUACUGAAAUGAGCAGCAAAUACCUCCUUGAGACACAGCUGCAAAAAACCAGUGAAGAUUCACGAGAACCGGACAGUGUCUGCCAUAGCCAGAGUUUUUCACCUGCAAUUACAGAGUCCUCAGUGUUACAGGUUAUAGCCAAAAGACAGAAUUCUGUUUCUACACAGUACUGGGGACUUGAAGGUUUCUUUGUUGUGGGUGCAUCCCCUAAACAAGGGGUGCUUGAAGCACGUUCUUCACUGUGUGCUGACUCUAGCCCUAUGGAUAGUACUGACCUGUUUCCAGGAAAUGGAAAGUGGGUUACUGAAAGGAGCUUAAGUGAAUAUGCUGAUGACUCUGUCUUAGAAAGUCACCUGAAUAGAUCUUCAAGUGCUUUGGAAACUCAAGGUAGAAUUUCUCCCCUAACGGUAGCGUGGAGGUCACACCCAGGGAAUGAUUGUAGAAGACCUCGAUCCACAAAUACGCUACGCCGUAAACUGACUGGGAACUAUCCAACAAACGCUCAGCCAAGACCAAAGAGUCCUCCUAUGCGUACAUUGAGAGUUAAUGCUGAGAUAUCAGAACACAAGAGCCUUGAUGUAACUGAACAAGAUGAGUAUCUUUGGGAACAUAUUGCUGCCCAGGAAACCCUGCUUACCCUGGAAAAAGAGUUACUAAGUUAUACAGAUCCUGAAAAACGUUACAGCUUAACGUCUGAAGAUGUAACUUCCUCCAGCAGACACUCAGAGAGGAUAUGUGGAAAUACUACAGAUUUCCGUGAAAACCUGGAGCUAAAAGUCCACAGCAGAGUUGAUACUCUCAGGGGCUGGAAUGAAAGCCAAAUGGAGGAUGAUGAAGAAAUUCUGGAGGAUAAGCGACAGGUCCUUGCAUUACAGUGA